CGGGCGCGCAUGUGCCCGCGGCUCAGCUCCGCUCUCCCGGGAGCUCCGCGGCCGGUACUUCUCUCCGGGACCGGGCCGAGCUGAGCCAAGCUGAGCCGGGCCGGACCGGGCCAUGGCCCCUCCGUGCGGCGGGGCGAUGCUCUGCGCGCUUCUGUGCGCGCUCCUGUGCGCGCCCACCCGCGCAGGGGGAUGCAGGGAGCUGAGGUCCUGUGAGACGUGCACGGCCAGCACCGCCUCGCACAACAGCAGCGGCUGCGUCUGGGUGGGCUGCGGGACCCCCGAGGAGCCAGGGGCAGGGAGCUGCAUGCAGAGAGGGGUGGCAGCACGGGAGACCUGUGAGCUCUACAACACCAGCACCCUGUGUCCAGCAGCACUGAAGUCCCCCACAGAAGAGCCCCCACGGUCCCAUAGCAAGGAGCCAACGCACCCCCCGAGGACCACCACCAGUGCCCCGUUAACGGGGAGCCCCGAAUUCCACCCCCCGGGGUUUGACACUGCCAGCUUCAUCGGUGGCAUCGUCCUGGUGCUGAGUGUCCAGGCUGUUGUCUUCUUCAUCAUCAAGUUCAUCAAGUCAAAGGACAGCACCUACCAAACACUGAUCUGAGGCCACUACACACCCUGGGCUGGGGGGACAUUGCUCUUGUCCCAUGUCCCCCCCCGGGGAAGGGAGAGAAGAGGCCACCACUGCUGAUGUCCCUGCCUGCUGCCAGUGUGUGUGUGUGUGUGUGUGUCCCCAGCCAGGGACCCCCUGCCCACACCCCAACUAUGCAAAGGUGGCCCUGCCCUCUCUCUGUCCCCAGGGACACCAGGGUGGGACAUGUCACCAGGUCACUGACACCCCCCCUCCCCAUUGGGAUCCUGGGGGGGGGGGUUGCACACAGUGUGGGUGCAGUCGCUCCCUCUGGCUGCUCCCUGGGGGGGUAAAGCAGGGUGGGGGUGGCAGCUGGGUGUGAGGGUCCCAUCCCAGCCUUGGGGACCCAGGGCACCCCAGGGGAGCAGAGGACAUGUGGCAGUGGGUACCCCCCCCCCAGCCCCAUGAAGAGCCGGGGGGGAGGGGGCAGAGCCCCAAUAAAGGAUUUUUUCUCU